AUGUCGACAGUACUGCUUGCUGUUGUUGCGGUUAUCUUGUGUAUACUUUUCCGAAUAUUAAAUGUUAACAGUCAACCACAAAAACCUGUGAUUUACGGGAGGGAUAGAAAUUUUAUCGAGAACAUUUUAUUCAUAUCGCCUUUUCUUAAUGAACCUUACAUUCCGACUCGAUUAUGGGGCUUCAGCGGUCACGUCCAGACAAUCCUUCACAGCCUUAUCGGACGCGUUCGUUGUCCUUGGCCUAUUGGUGGAAGAGUAUCCCUUGUGUUGCCAGAUAAAUCAAUACUCACAUAUGAUCUCUAUGAGGGAGUAGGCAACGAGCAUGAAGAUGAUGUGACUGUUGCAAUAUGCCCCGGUAUCGGGAACACGUCAGAGAGUGUGUACAUUCGAACCUACGUACACUACUCGCAAUGCCACGGAUAUCGGUGCGCUGUACUAAACCAUAUUGGUGCUUUGAACAGCGUACCGGUCACAGGACAUCGUAUCUUUUCGUAUGGACACACAGAUGACUAUAAUUACAUGAUAGAGAACCUUCUGGAGCGUUAUCCAAAUACAAAAUUAAUUCUAGUCGGCUUUAGUCUAGGUGGUAAUUUGAUAGCUAAAUAUCUUGGGGAGGAGAGAAAAAGACCAGCCAACAUCAUCGGUGGAAUUUCGAUAUGUCAAGGAUAUAAUGCUAUUGACACAAUGGUGUACCUACUCCAGUGGCAGAACUUCCGGCGAUUUUACCUGUACAUAAUGACUGACAAUUACCGCAACAUUAUCACGAGGCACAAAAGAAUGCUGUUGUCUCCUGAUAUGAAAGCUAGAUACAAAUUAGAUGAAAAUAUGAUCGUAUCUGCUGGUACUUUGCCAGAUCUUGACGAGGCCUAUUCAAGGAGAGUAUACGGCUUCGAGUCAGUUGCAGACCUAUACAAAUGGAGUUCAUCUGCAUUUUACCUUAAUAAUAUAAAAACCCCGAUGAUUUUCGUCAAUGCUCGUGAUGACCCUAUUGUGCCAGAAGCAUUACUCCCCAUUGUACGGGAAUUUGUCAGUUCACACGAUAAAGCUAUGUAUCUUGAAUUGGCACACGGAGGUCAUUUAGGAUUCUAUGAAGGUGGUUUGAUAUAUGCAAAUCCUGUGAACUGGCUAGACCGAGCGCUGGUGGGACUCGCUGGCGGACUGCUUAUGGCGCACAACAAAUGUUCUCACGCAGACGAAAAUAUGCCUAAAGCCUGGAAAAAAAGUACAGAAGACGAACCCGACCUAAUCAAAUCAGCCACCAUCGUCUACCGUGAUCCGUUGGAGAAAACACCUUUAAAUCAACAUUAA